AUGAAGACAAUUAUCUUUGCCUUAGCCCUCAUUGUGUUGGCCUCAUCAACACAAGCUGAUGUUAUUGCCAAAAUUAAGAAGAUUGACAAUUCACCUUUUGGCAGAACCUUAUUUGAUACAAUUUGGCUCGAACUCCAAACAGGAGAUCCAUUGGACAGAUUAAUCUAAACCCUGGCUGAUUUAGAGGAUAGAUACGUUGCUGAAUAGAAGGAAGAUGAUGCUAGAAACCACGAAUACUAAGAUGCUUGCACAGUGGUAAGAUAUUCCCUUUCUACUAUUUUUAGGACAUCUCUGCUUUCGAUAAAGAUUUGGCUGAAUCCAACAGAAAGAAGAUCGAAUUAGAAGCCAGAUUGGAAGGAUAAUUAUAUCCAUAAAGAGAAAUCUUAAAAGGAUUGGUUGCUUAGAAAUAAGGUGAAGUCAAAGGAUACUAAAAGGAUUUGGAUGAACUUGAUGCUUACAGAGCUGAAGAGAACGCUGACUUCGAAGAGAAAGUAUUGGAACACCAAGAAGCCACAGCUAUCAUUGCCGAAGCCAGAAGACUAUUCGCUGAUAACAUUGAACACGAAUCCUUCAUCUAAAAAGGAAAAGCAACAAAGAAACCAGCCCAUACAUUCACCAGAGAAGUUGCAAGUAUGAUCUAAAAGCACUUCACCCAAUCUGCCAAAAAAACAGCCAAAUUCCAACACAGAAAGGGAUACAGCAAAUUAUUCAAGGCCUUCGCUACUAUUGCUUCCAAGGUUGAACAAUUGGCUGAUGCUGGAGCAGUCUAAAAGAUCAUUGACUUAGCCGAUGAAUUGUUGGCCAAGAUUGCUGAUUCUUUAGCCUUAUUGAGAUUCGCCGAAGACAAGAGAGUUGAAGCCUACAAGAAGUAAAGAAACUUUGUCGUCAUCGCCCUCACUGUUGCAGGAACUUCCCUUGCUAAUGCCUAAGCAGAUUUAGCUGCAUUGAAUGAUGUCAUUGCCUAAGUUGAAGCUACUUUAGACACAACCAACUAAAGAAUUGAAAAUGUUACUGCUGACAGAACCGACAGAUUCACCCAAUGUGAAGAAGCAGUCUAAGACUAUGAAGAUUCCAGAGCAGCCAGAACCUCUGACAGAGAUGUAGUUUCAGAAACCAUCGGUUUAGUCAACAAGGAAUUAAGAACCUUAAGAGAAUAAUUGGCUUUAAGGUAAUCAGCUGGAGAUGAAAUAUGA